AUGAGUUGCAUGACUGCACCCACCGGUAGCUAUUUCUUCGAGGGUGCCGGCCGAAGCGACAACCCCGAGGCCGCCCUCAUGAGAACCGGCAUCACGCAGACCAUCCACGUUGCUUCCUACUGGAAGUUUGGCAUUGUAGGCCUGUCUGCGCCAAAGUCCACGACCUUCUCCAACGAGUCUGCCGAAUCCAAGUUGCAGGACGAGCUCAAGUCAUCACUCUAUUUCGUUGCCACCAGCUCAGCGGCCUCGCCAUGGAUUGUACGAUUACGUCUCGUGUAUAAUCCUCAAAGACCACACCGACAACGCUUCCCUCGGAAAGCACCUAAUUGA